AUGGACUGGAAUGACCUGUUCAGGUCUGAGCUAGGCCAGCUCUUCAACCUAGCUGCCACUGCUUCUCCCCGCCACCUCCCCGCAGUGCUGCAUGCGCGGGUCCAGAGGCGAGCAACAAAAAUGAUAGAGGGCUCGGAAGAAGGCAUGAUGGAAGCUGUCAGCUCCGGCAGGGAUUGCCUGCAAGCUGGGGAGUCCUGCACCAACGACCCCAGCUGCAGCUCCAAGUUUCGGACCCUCCGGCAAUGCAUCGCGGGCAACGGCGCCAACAAACUGGGUCCGGAUGCCAAGAACCAGUGCCGCAGCACGGUGACGGCCCUCCUGUCCAGCCAGCUGUACGGCUGCAAGUGCAAGCGGGGCAUGAAGAAGGAGAAGCACUGUCUGAGUGUCUACUGGAGCAUCCACCACACCCUGAUGGAAGGCAUGAACGUGUUGGAGAGUUCGCCGUACGAGCCGUUCGUGCGAGGCUUUGACUACGUUCGGCUGGCGUCCAUCACUGCAGGUUCGGAGAACGAGGUGACCCAGGUGAACCGCUGCCUGGACGCCGCCAAAGCCUGCAACGUGGACGAGAUGUGCCAGCGGCUGCGGACGGAGUACGUCUCCUUCUGCAUCCGGCGCGUGGCCCGGGCCGACACCUGCAACCGCUCCAAGUGCCACAAGGCCCUGCGCAAGUUCUUCGACCGCGUGCCCCCCGAGUACACCCACGAGCUGCUCUUCUGCCCCUGCGAGGACACAGCUUGUGCUGAGCGCCGGCGCCAAACCAUCGUCCCUGCCUGCUCCUACGAGGCCAAGGAGAAGCCCAACUGCCUGGCCCCUCUGGAUGCUUGCCAGGAAAACUACGUCUGCAGAUCCCGAUAUGCAGAGUUCCAGUUUAAUUGCCAGCCGUCCCUGCAGUCUGCCACUGGCUGCCGGAAGGAGAACUACGCUGCGUGUCUGCUGGCGUACACGGGAAUCAUAGGCAGCCCCAUCACGCCCAACUACAUCGACAACUCGACCUCCAGCAUUGCGCCCUGGUGCACCUGCAACGCCAGCGGGAACCGGCAGGAAGAGUGCGAGAGCUUCCUGCACCUCUUCACUGACAACCUCUGUCUCCAAAAUGCCAUCCUGGCCUUUGGCAACGGGACGUACCUGAGCGCGGGCCUGGCCCCAUCCGUGCCCCCGACGACGCAGAUGUACAAGCAGGAGAGGAACGCCAACAGGGCCGGGGCCACCCUCCGAGAGAACAUCUUCGAGCAGCUGCAGCCUACCAAGGUGUCUGGUAACGAGAAGCUCCAGCGGGAAACCACUCGGCGAACAUCCGCGACCUCCAGCUCAGCAGACCCCAACCGUGCCGCGGGGGCCUGGCGGAUGUGGGUUUCCCUGGGGAUCGCCACGCCACUCCUGCUUUUCAUGUGAAACAGAGCGAACACACGCCCGGCGGUGACUCUGUUCCUGUCUGAUUCUUUAAGCAAAAUGACUCUCGGGGGAGGGCACGGGGGCAGGCGGAAAUCCCCUCCUCGCCCCUCCAAUCUCUUUUAUUUUAUAAGGACCGAAGUCGUCUCACCAGCUCCUUCCUCUCCUUUCCACUUCUUGGUUCAGCUCCUGUCUCUUCAGCUCUCUGUAGCAUGUUCAUGUGGGUUCAAAGCCAUGGACAAGUCACUUGGAAGAUCCCAACAAGAGGAACGAGGAAUCCAGAGGAAACGGGCACAUCCAAACUGGGCAGCAGACACCUGAUGGAUGACCUAUCCAGAACACCGUAUGGACGUUUCGGCUGGCCAGGCAGGCUGCCAGGGGUGGAUGGGGGAUCUCUCUCAACCGGGCACAAUUCUUCAAAACCUUUCUACAGAGUGGCCUAAGCUGCAACAGAUUCACAGCUGGUUCAACCGGAGGAAAUCACCUUGUGUUAUCUACAAAGAGGUUGGCUUUGCUCAUCAAGGAUACAGGUGGACACUUCGGAGGGAAGAACGAGAGCUGUGCUCCCCACAGAAACUGCCUGUGGUUUUUUUUCUAAAUGUGUGAAACCAUAUCAUGUCGUUGGCAUGUCACUCCAGGCUGCAGCGGGUCCCGUUCUUGUCAGCAACCACGUUCACAUAUUAACGGUCUUCAGGAAGAAGCACGCGUGUUGCUUUCCAUUUCCCGCUGGCUUCGACUCUUUAUAUUAGCACCCCGCUCUCGGCCCCUGACGUCCCUCACUGGUAGUCGGGGUAGUUUUUUUGGUCACAUCCAAGUAUGCAGUGAGACUAUAAUGCUUUCCCCCUUCACAGCUAGUUUUUUUAUGAGCUCUUUCUACAUCUGAGCCCGUAGGGCAGGAAUUGAUGUUGUGGACCAUGACUCCUACUCGCAGGUUCUGCGCAAAUGUUUUCUGGAGACGCACGAGAUGGUCUCUUGGAAUUUCCUUAGUCACAGAAACAAGAGAUGGGCUAGAAAGGUUCAACUGAUACCAGCAACCACCUAAAAAAACCCCCCUCAAAAACACUGGGCUGCUCAAAAACCCAGCUGACAUGAAAAUAUGUACAUGCUAAAUAUAUCGUAGACAGGGGUGACCCCCAAGUCCCCUCAUUAGAGAGUUAAUUAACUAAAUAUACAUCAUGCCAUUAGGUAGAAGUUAGCUGAUUCCCUUCAGAGCCUAAAUCAUGCUCUGAAAUAUUGGAGGUCAAGAGGAAAUUUUCCUGAACUUGCCUACGGCAGGAUUUAUCAUACCUUCUUCAGUUUAUUGCACCUUCUGGGUGCUGGCUAUGGGCAGAGAUGAGCAAGGGAAGAGUAUUCAUACAGGGCCUGGAUUGAGCUGUCUUGUGCCACUCUCCCCUGCCAGCUGCCAGCAUCCAGAGGCCUAGGAAAGCCUAAUGUGGAGGUUUUACCUAGCAAAUAUGUUUAAUACCCACUGAUGGGUCUAUCCAGAACCUCAUGAUCUGAAACCAGCCAAAACAUUUGCAUUAAUAAAUACGCUGCCCUCUUCUCCCAUCCUCCAACAUAAACAGAUUGCUGUGUCCAGUUGUUCAGUUUUAAAGGACAAUUGCAAUCAGACCGAAGCAUUCCCCAGCACUUGAUCCAUCUAAGGCAUGACUCAUGGAUGCCCGCUGUACAGCCAAGUCCUGGUGUCCAGCCUGCUUGGCCAAAGCCCUACUGGGAUCCCCGCUCCCAUGUGCCCCUUGGGAUAAUCCAAGACCAUGAGAUUACUGAAGACUCAGACACCACCAUAAAAACAGGGUUUGGGUCCCAGAAGCAGCCAGUCUACCAACACCAGAGCCCACUCGGAGAGUUUUCCGGGGCGUUUCCUCAGCAAUGAGGGUAACCAGCAUGUAGUGGUUUGCGAGAAGAUUUGAGAGCAUCUUGGUUUCUGCGAGUCCUCUCAAAGUGCAUUGAGCCCAAUGGCCGAUAUCUGUGCCAGGCAAAGCAGCAAGUCACCCAGGACGCAGCGGAUAGAGGGUUUGCAUGCUUGACUACGUGAUAUCCUAACGUGGGGACCCAUCUCUCCCAAAUGAAUCCCUGCUUUGUGAGCUGUCUACAAAGGACGCUGCCAUUCCUUACCUUGAAAUAGCAAUGGCUGUUUCCUCCCAUAAAGGUCUCUGCCUGUUGCUCUGUCUGACUCUGAGAUAGGCCCCUGGGUUGUGUACUGGGUUAUAAUUUUCAUUAAAAGGUAGCCCUCUUAUAGGCAUUUGCCCCACUGCCAGGUACAUAUUGCUGGAGAGGCUGAAGUGCUACCUUGCCACGUCCCUCACUAAUUGCUAUAUUCUGAAUAAGUGGACGUUUCUACCCAAGGUUGUCAGAAAAUUCACAGCCCCUGUCCCCCAGCAUCAGCAUCCCAUAAAAACCCAGGUUCAGAGAAUUUUGUUCACUAGGUUCUUUGCAGGUUGGAUACUCAGCCGAGGUGAGGGACCACUGGCCCAGUUGAGGUUGAGGACCCAGAUCCAGCUGCUCUGUAGACCUCCUCUUAACACCUUGUUGAGCGGAUGAGGUGCACAAAGAGCCUUCCCAUACUCCAAAAAAAUUGCAAAUGGACACUGGGCAGCUGUUACUUCAAAGCCAGGUCUUUUCAAACAAGCUCACAAGGUCUGAUGAGUCACGUCUUAGCCCCAGCAGGUGUUGGCAUGAGCCAAAAGUUCCCUACUUUUGUUGAAGCAAAAUAUGCCGCCUUUGGCCCAACUGCGUCCUCCUGGGAAGUUCUCCAACACACUUCAACCGAGUCAGAAAGUGCCCCUCUGGUUUUCUUCCCUUCCUCAAACCCUCACAAAUGAUGGCUUCCAGCAUUAUAUGGGCUGCCCAACAACAUGAAUGAAGGAGCUGGACGGGGGACCGGUGGUAUUUGAUGCAUGACUGCAAUUAGGGAAAGCCGGAGUAUUUUGUAAGUAGUAGCGGAUGGAAUGAGAAGCAAUUUCGUGAGGAUCCUUGUAACUACCCCACAGCUCUAGGUUAUUAUUUUAUGUUACCAAAUUUAAAAAGUUUAAAAAACCCCUCGUAGACUUGAAGCAGCAGCCAGGCUGAAGAAACAUUUUGGAUGCCGUGUUAGCACAAAGCUUCAACCUCAACCGCUAGGCAGAAUAACCCGAUUCAUAACCUUUUCUUGUCCACCGCUCUGCUCUCUGAAUGUAAACGCCCCGUAUCUCAAGCCACGAGAAGCAGGGCCAGAUUUUCACCGCUCUCGCACUGGUGCAAAAUGGAUCAGGCUCGCACAAAGGGAUUGUUACACAGAAGGAGCAGGGAGCCCCGAGCAGUGGGGUGGGGUGAGAGACGAUAUUAGUUAUCAUGCAAAGCAACUACCACGAGAGACAAAAGCAAGAUGACGCUUUCCAAGAAAGUUUCGUCUUCCUUCCACCAGAUUUUUGAACUCAGCGAAAAAUGACAGAUGUUGACUUUUAUUUUUUAACCAGUCCUGGUGUGCGGCAGACAAACAGGGUGACAUUUGCACAAACAUUUCCCACCAACAUGCAGAGUCUCGGCCCCGCCAACACGUUGCUGUAUUGCUCAUCUCCCCAUGAACCAACAGAUUCAAAACAGCUGCCGGCAUCAUACACGGGUCAAGGGCUCCGGAGAGGGUGGAAACUAUUUUUACUUGUUGCUCCCUUGCCCCUUCGACUUUCACAAGCACAAAGAAAAGUACUUUUUAAAAUGCAGGAUGCUGUGCAGCCACUGGACGGUAUUUUCCGAUGUGCCAUUUCCUGAGCAAUUUGAGAGCUCCUGGCAAUGUGCGCACCUCUGGAAAUGGCGGACACCAAUCGCAUCCUCUCUCGAACAAUUCAAAGCGGCGAGAGAGAUGCUGCCGCAAGAAGCUCUCAUUGCCACAAUAAAACCAUCGACGGCCGGGUGACGCUAAGAGGUGGCACACGCGGGCACGCGUGUGCGCGUGCGUAGGGAUGGGGAAUGAACGGCUGAUGUUUGCCUAUACUAUUGGGAUAUAACCUGUACUUAAACUAAACUUCUGUAAGCAUCAGUAUUCAAACAUAUACAUGAAUAAAGCACAC